AUGUUAGCAAUAUUGUGGGCUGGGGGCUCCGGCGUCUGUCAAGCAGUUCAGUGUGUAGCUGUCCUUGGAGGUGUCAUGUUGCGAAUUAAGCGCAGCGCUGUUGAGUGGGCUGAUCAGGGUGUUGCUGGCCAUCUUGCUGCUGCUGCUACUGAAACUGCUGUUGUUCACUUUGUCAUAUCAGCGAUGGGGUGCUUCCUAAAUCUGGGUCAGAUGAGCUAUCGCGCUCAUCUUGAAUUGCUGAGCUUGUAG